AUGGCUCAAUCGCGAAGUGUAGCACACUAUAUUUCUGAUUCUGAAAAUGACAUUGAUAAGGAAAUUCAACCUUCUGGCAACACUGAAACAGUUAAAAGAAAAAAGCAAAACAGGCGAAAAUGGGUACCAUUAUGCACAUAUAAUGAUAAAGAUGAUAUUAUUAAUAAAAUCAACAAUGAUAGUAUAUGGAGCAAAACACAUACCAAUAUCACAAGCGAAGGAAAACGGGUUUAUUAUAGAUGUAAUCAAGUCAAAUGGCGUGGAAAACAAUGUCCAGCAAGUAUUCAUCUUUUAUAUCAUAGUGAAAAUGAAUGUAUUACAAUGUACAAAUCAGAAGAUGAUCAUUUACAUCAAGAAUCAAGAUCUAUUGGCAUAAACCAACAAUCAAAAGAAGUAAUAUGCGAGUUAUUCAAAAUGAAAAUCAAGCCAAAACGCAUGCUAGAAUUAUUAGAAGAGAAAGGUUUACCUGUUCCGAAAAAACAACAAUUAUCGAAUUAUUUAACAUCAUUAAGAGAAAAAUGUUACGAUGGAAUUAAUAAUGAUGAUGAUGAUGAUGAUAAUGUUAGUAAUGAUGAUGAUGAUAAAAAUAACUUUCGAUUCUUUGUCACAACUAAAAGAUUAUUAUUUAAUGCAAGUAUUUCAAAUAAAAUCCAUGUUGAUGCCACUUACAAGUUAAUCUGGCAAGGGUUUCCUUGUUUUAUUAUUGGAACAACUGAUAUAAUCAAACAAUUUCAUCCAUAUGGAUUUGCAGUAUGUUCUAAUGAAAAAGAAAAAGACUUUGAAUUUAUAUUUAGUUAUAUUUGUGAUGGCUUACGUAAUUUAAAUUUGCAGAUGAAUGAACAAGAAUUAGUACUUAUUCAUAUGCGGAAACGUGUAGAAAAAAAAUUAAAUUUAGUCGAAGAUAAAGCUUUACAUGAUGAAAUUAUGAAUGAUGUUGAAGCAUUAUAUUUGUAA